GACUCUAUCCUACAUUGUGUUUAUAAAAUUUAGAUAAAUGUCUUCAAACUUGUCACUUGGCGAGCAGGCGUAUCGGUCUAUAGACAUCUAGAUUUAGAUUCUAGACUAGAUCUAAAUUUAGACUGAUAAUAUAAAAUAAAUGGAAUGAGACGACUCUAUAACCUAUAUCUAGAUCUAAAGAUGAUCUACUAGAAAUUAGAUAUUUAUCCUUCUUAGGCUUAGCCUCUACUACUAAAGUCUUAGUCUUAAUUAAGUCUACUAGAUGAGAUCUACUACUUAGACUUAGUCUUACUUAGUCUUAGGCCUUACUUAAAAGUAAAAGUUACUUAAUUUAAGACUUAAGUCACUUAAGACUUAAAGUCUUAACUUACUUAUUGACUUAACUUAUUACUUACUACUCAACGUACUAAGUACUCUAACUAGUGACUUACUAGAGUAGAGUAGAGGUACCAGAGGUCUAGUCUAACUCGUCAGUAUAGUCUCUACUCACUAAUCACUAACUUGAGUCCCACUAACUGUGACUAACCUCUACUGCCUGAGUACUGGGCCUGGAAUACUCACAGAUCUACUACUACUAGUUUAGAGUUUAGAGUAGAAGACGGUAGACGAUCGGAAUGACCAAAUUCUACAUAUGUAAUAUGUAUCUGAUCUAGAAUCUAGACAUUCUAGAUCUUCUAUCACAAGCCUAGGACUAUGGCCCUCAAGCUUAAGUUGAAAUCUUUUAUUGGUAGCAAACAGGAGAGUGUACAAACACCCAUUGAAGAAACAGUGACAGAUAUAUUAACUAUAGGGGCAGCGGUUACUAAAAAUAAGGUUGAAAUAAAACCAGUCAAUCCACACGAGGAGCAGGAAAUAAUUGAUGGCAUUGAGGAGAAUUAUUAUGAUAAUGAAUCGUUUGAUACUAGUCUACACGAAUUACAGAAACUUCCAGAACAGUUGGAUGCAGAUCAGAUUACAGAAGAUUGUUUAAGACUGAGGAAUCAGCUCCAAGCAGUGUCUAAAAGAGUUUCAGAGCUAAUUUUACAGAAUCAUUUAGCUUAUGCCACUGAACUUCAACAAGUGAUGGAUCUCCAGCGUACACUUCAGGCUGCUGGGCUUGUUUGUCAAACUGGUCGAAAACAUCUAAGUCAUGCUAGAAAAAGCUUCACAGUAGCUAGUUUGGGACUACUUUCUAAUUAUCGUAAAAGACAACAGCUAAUAGGCUUACUAAAAUCUCUGCGUACAAUCAAAACACUUCAGAGAACUGAUCUUCGACUAAGAGAAAUGAUGGAGGAAGAAGAUUACUGUGGUGCCAUACAUCUUUGUCAAGAAUGCCAGAAAGCAGCAAGUACAUUUAAACAUUACAAGUGUAUCAGUGAGCUGAGUUCCAAACUUCAAGACACGCUAGAAAUGAUUGAAGAACAAUUGGAUGUUGCUCUAUCUAAGACUUGUUCUCAUUUUGACCAUCAACAUUACAGCAAAGUUCAACAAGCCUACAGGCAACUUGGUAAAACACAGAUGGCCAUUGACCAGCUACUUAUGCACUUCACGAGUGCUAUCCACAAUACUGCCUUCACUAUCAUCCUUGGCUAUGUAGAACUAACAUCUGCUUCUAGUGGGGCGGCAAACUUUCAAAAGCGCCAAUAUGAUGAUCUAUGCAAGCACAUAACUACUGAAACCUUUACACCUUGUCUUGUUGAUCUGUGCAAGGCCAUGUGGGAAAUCAUGAAAAGCUAUUUUAAGACCAUCAGCUGGCAUGCUCUUAAUGAUCAAGACAGCUGUGAUGGGGAUUCUGAAAUAUUUCACCAGAGGUAUGUGGGUACAAAAUUGGACCAUGGUCGAAGUCGUAUUUGGGAAGAUGUUCAACAGAGAGUGAAGAAAUUUGUAUUAGCCACAGAUCUGAGUGGAUUUAAAUUUGAUGAGUUUAUUUAUAUACUGGACAUUAUUAACAGAAUGAUUGAAGUAGGUGAGGAGUUCUGUGCCAGUAAAUCUGAAGGCUUACAAGACACACUUAAACUUCAAAGUCUGAACUACUUCAAGACUCACCACCAAAUACGACUGGAUGAACUACGCAUGUUUCUGGAGAAUGAGGCCUGGGAGAUGUGUCCUGUCAGAUCCAAUUUUAACAUCCUACAUCUUGUGGAAUUUCGUUUCAUGAGAAAAUGGGCUAACUCAAGACACAUGAUACCAGAAAAUGAGUUGACAACUGAAGACAAAUGUGAAAGCCUGACCACUGAUCAGGAGAGUAAAAGUUACUUUUCCUGCUAUUUGGAAGAAGGAAACCCAUUUGAUAAGCAAUUUGAGGAAGAAGAGAAAGAAGAUGUUUUCUCUGCUCUACUUGAGACUGAUGGGGAGCUACUGUCAGACAGUGACUCUGAUGUGGCAGAAGACUUAAAGAAAGAUUAUAUAGAUGAAAUCACAGGAGAGGCCCAUUCAUAUAAGCACAAGAGACGAUCAUCCAGCAGAACUAUACUCCAUAAACAAACUCCUCUAAUAACUAAUACAACACUGAAUGUUUUAAGAGUCAUGGGCAAAUACCUCCAAAUGAUUUCUAUAUUAAAGCCUAUAGCUUUUGAUGUCCUAAGCUCACUAACCCAGCUGUUUGAUUAUUAUCUUUAUACUGUAUUUUCUUUUUUUGCACCAGAUGCAUCUUCUCACAAUGAACAAGCUGUAAAUCCAAGGCUGUUGAACACUCUACAAAGAAUACGUGACAAUUUGCUGACCAACUCCUCAGUUAUGUAUGUUCCAAAUAAGAAAGACCCAGAUGCCAGCACUGACAAAGUGGCCACAGCUAAAAUGUCUUCAGUUGUCCAGUUGUCUGAUCCAAAAUCACUAUUUGGCUUGGCAGAAAGAGUGGUGGCCACAGAGUCUUUGCUGUUCUUGGCCAAACAGUUGGAUUAUCUACAGCCCUACUUGGAAGAACUUAUUCCUAUCACUAAGAAAACUUUCUUGAGUCAAUUUUAUUCACAGACAGUGAAGAUGGCUGUGGAGGUACGUGUUCCAGUCUAUGGUGUUGUGUCUGGACUCAGUGUCAGCUAUGAGAGUGUGCUACAACAGAUGAGCACUGUCCGGUGGGAUGUGAAGGAAAUCAUGUCACAACACAACACCUACAUUGACCAGUUGCUCAAGUGUUUUAGUGACCUUCGUAAAAAGCUUGAGGAAGUUGACAAAAGAGUUCCACUCCCUAAAGUUGUGAUAAAUUUGUUUUGGGAACAGUGUGUAAAAAAUGCUAAUAGAACAUUUGUUGAAGGCUUUGCAAAUGCCAAGAAAUGUAGUAAUGGAGGCCGUGCACUCAUGCAGCUAGACUUCCAACAGUUUCUUACUAAAUUGGAUCAAAUCAUAGAAUUAAGGCCUAUUCCAGACAAAGAGUUUGUUGAGGCUUACAUCAAAGCUUACUAUUUACCAGAGUCUCAACUUGAAACAUGGAUUAAUGAUCACAAGGAAUACUCCAGCAAACAGUUGUUGGCAUUGGUCAAUUCUGUGGAUCAUUUAAGUAGAAAGUCUAGACAAAAGCUCACCAAUAUUAUUGAAGAAACAGAUAAAGGGAGACGAUUGUAAUACUUGUUAUUGCUGCUAGUGCAAUGUAUGAAUGUGUUGAAUGGCUCCUUACCUCCCUUCGUUAUGAAGCUCAGUUUUCAGACUUGUGCACUGUAUCUUUACCUUCUAGGAUGAGUAAAGUAUGUACGCUUAUAAUUAUUACUACAUUUUUCUCUUUUAUUAGAUCAAGAACAUUUUUAUUCCAUUUCAAUCUCUCUAUUAUGUAUUCAAAACACUUGAGUAAGAUUGUGUGUUUGUGUUCUGUCAGCUGAUGAUUUGAAAGUCAAAUCCCAGCCUUUCAGUAAAUGUAAGAUAAGGCCAAAUGAGUUGAACACAGAAAGUCUUUGAAUGUUGACACAUUUCUUUCCUUCCUUUAUUUUGGUUCUUUGUGUUGAAAGCUCUGUGCAAUUUCAUUUACUUUUAAAGUAGUGCACACCAUCAUUGGACCCUAGAUCCCUAGACAUCCCUCUUUUUGGUUUACAGAGAAGGCAUUAAUCUAUUUACUCUGAAUAGUUUCAACAGCAAGGUGUGACUGUAUUACACUGUACUACAUUUUUGAAACUCAGUUUCCCAUUACACAAAGUAAGUAGUUCAUUGGCUUUGGAGUCACUGACCUAUAAUGAAGCUUUUUAUUGAAUAUGUGAUACAAAGUUUAAUAUUCAAGUUUCUUUAGAUCGAAUCUGUCUCUAUAUAUUUCUUCUGUAGGAAUUGUACUAUUAUCUUCAUAUUUAUCAGACUAUCUCUGUGUGGGUAUAAUGUGAUUUAUAGUUGACAUAAAGAUGUAUAAAGAAACAUGUUUAUUAUUUUGUGUCUCUUGGUGUACAUGUGUGUGUGUCUACAGUAUCAUUCCAUGUCUUGUAACUAGCUAUGAAAUAGAAGAACUACAAUGGUUGAUGACAAUUCAAAAUAAUAGAAAUGGGAAUAAAAACCAACUAAUCAAA